CAGCGGUGCCGCCGCCGCCGCAGCCCGAGUUGGAGGAGGGAGAAGCCAGGAAGAAAAUGGCGGCCGUGGCUGCAGAGGCGGCAGCGACUGCAGCGUCCCCCGGGGAGGGGGGCGCCGGCGAGGCCGAGCCGGAGAUGGAGCCCAUACCCGGCAGCGAGGCCGGCACUGACCCCCUCCCGGUCACGGCCACUGAAGCGUCUGUGCCGGACGGCGAGGCCGACGGGCAGCAGUCCGCUCCUCAGGCCGAUGAGCCGCCGCUCCCGCCGCCGCCGCCGCCGCCAGGGGAGCUCGCCCGCAGCCCGGAGGCGGCGGGGCCGGAGCUGGAGGCUGAGGAGCAGCUGCCCGACCGGGUGGCGGAGCCUGCGGUCGCCGCGUCUCAAGAAGGGCCGGACCUUCCACCUUCCCCAGCGCCGCUUCGCGAGCAGCCCACGGCUCCCGAGGAGCGCGAGGACACGCCGCUGCCCCAGCCCGCAGCCCCGGCGCUGGUGCCGCCGGCGGGCGGGGACUCCGCGGUGUCGCAAUUGAUUCCCGGCUCCGAGGUGCGAGUCACUCUGGACCACAUCAUUGAGGACGCGCUCGUCGUAUCGUUCCGCCUCGGAGAGAAGCUCUUCUCCGGGGUCCUCAUGGAUCUGUCCAAAAGGUUUGGGCCCCAUGGGAUCCCUGUGACAGUAUUUCCUAAAAGGGAAUAUAAGGACAAACCGGAAGCCAGGCAGCUCCAAAGUAAUACAUUCCAAGAAGGGACAGAAGUCAAGGGUGAAGUGAAUGGUGCUGUUCCCAGUGACCCUUCCGUCCCGCCUCCUGAGCUGGGCUUGGCUGAAAGCCUGUGGACUUCCAAACCUCCACCUCUCUUCCAUGAAGGAGCACCUUAUCCUCCCCCUUUGUUCAUCAGGGACACAUAUAACCAAUCAAUACCUCAGCCACCUCCUCGGAAAAUUAAGCGACCCAAACGAAAAAUGUACCGGGAAGAACCCACUUCAAUAAUGAAUGCUAUUAAGCUGCGACCCAGACAAGUCCUCUGCGACAAGUGUAAAAACAGUGUUGUUGCUGAAAAAAAGGAAAUUAGAAAAGGUAGUAGUGCAAGUGACUCUUCUAAAUAUGAAGAUAAAAAACGGAGAAAUGAAAGUGUAGCUACUGUGAACAAAAAACUGAAAACUGACCAUAAAGUGGAUGGGAAAAGCCAAAACGAAAGCCAGAGGAGAAAUGCGGUGGUGAAGGUCUCGGGCAUGGCGCACAGCAGAGGCCGCGUGGUGCGAGUCUCGGCCCAGGCGAACGCGUCCAAGGCUCAGCUGAGUACUAAGAAGGUGCUCCAGAGCAAGAACAUGGACCACGCGAAAGCUCGGGAGGUCCUGAAAAUCGCCAAAGAGAAGGCACAGAAGAAGCAAAGCGAGACCUCGACUUCCAAAAACGCACAUUCGAAAGUCCACUUCACCCGGCGCUACCAGAAUCCUAGCUCAGGGUCCCUCCCGCCCCGGGUGCGGUUAAAACCGCAGCGGUACAGGAACGAAGAGAAUGACUCUUCCCUGAAGACGGGACUCGAGAAAAUGCGGAGUGGCAAGAUGGCACCCAAGCCCCAGUCCCGCUGCACCUCCACCCGCUCAGCAGGUGAGGCCCCUUCAGAAAAUCAGAGUCCCUCAAAAGGCCCUGAAGAGGCCAGCAGUGGGGUUCAGGACACAAGUGAAGUGCCUGUACCUGGUGAGCAGGAUGAACCACAGACAUUGGGCAAAAAGGGCAGCAAAAGCAAUAUCUCUGUUUACAUGACCCUAAAUCAAAAGAAAUCUGACUCUUCCAGUGCUUCAGUGUGUAGCAUUGAGAGCACAGAUGAUUUGAAAUCCUCCAACUCUGAGUGUAGCUCUUCUGAAAGCUUUGAUUUUCCUCCAGGCAGUAUGCAUGCACCUUCCACCUCCUCCACUUCCUCCUCUUCAAAGGAAGAGAAAAAGCUCAGUAAUUCCUUGAAAAUGAAAAUCUUUUCCAAAAACGUCUCUAAAUGCGUCACACCAGAUGGCAGGACCAUAUGCGUAGGGGACAUUGUUUGGGCCAAGAUAUAUGGCUUCCCUUGGUGGCCAGCCCGUAUUCUUACUAUAACUGUGAGCCGGAAAGAUAACGGCCUUUUAGUCCGACAGGAGGCCCGUAUUUCAUGGUUUGGGUCUCCAACAACAUCUUUCCUUGCUCUUUCGCAACUCUCCCCCUUUUUAGAAAACUUCCAGUCACGCUUUAAUAAGAAGAGAAAGGGCCUGUAUCGCAAGGCUAUCACAGAGGCGGCUAAGGCUGCCAGGCAGCUGACCCCUGAAGUGCGGGCUCUGUUGACACAGUUUGAAACGUGAACAUGGACAGUAAGUGGCAAACACCGGGCCUGGCAUGAGUAGGAACGAUCAUCUACUUAAGAAUGAAUAAGACAUGUACUGACAACUAGUCACCAACUCCCAUGACCAUACCUCCCAAGUCCUUCCCAUGGCUGUGAGAAGACUGAGCUGCAAGCAUGAAGGUCUUGUCAAGGGAGCUUGGCAGUGACAAAGGUGUGAGAACCACAAAGCUGCGCCUGUCAGCUUUCACAUAAACCUGCUGAUAUGCACAGAUGCCGUGUUCCCUUGGGACCUUGGCAUUUUGUUAUUUUAAUGUUUUGGUGAGCAAUAAGCAGUAGACAUUAAUUCGAAAAAAUCUGCAUUACUGUUGGUAGGACUGAGUAGGAAACUUUUCUAAGAGGGACAGACUUGACAUUUCAAGGCCUCUAUCUGUGUGUCACGGCCCUGUUUUCUAAAGGAUGGUCAUUUUUACCCCUGGUUCAUUUUUGAGAUGCUGUUGAUUACAAACCGAGGACUUUGCCCAGUUUAGUUUUUAGCGAGGAAUUUGGCUGGGAGUGGCACAUCUUGGUGUGUGUCCUGGUAUGCUGGGGAGAACUAUGUGCAGUUUGUCUAAAUCUAGAAAAAUAACUGGUUAGAAAAGCAGCACUAAGGCUAGAAAACCAGAAUGUCUUGUAAAACGAGAUACUAGACGCAUUUCCGGCUUUUCUAUGUUGCAUCACAUUGUAUCAAGAAAAUUCACAUCCAGCGUUUAGUGAAAUAGUAGGUAGGUACAUGUGUACAGUCUUAAUCCUUGAGUGUUAAAUUCUGGACUUUGCACUGAGAGCAUGGCCUCUUCUACUUCCUUCUUUCACUUCACACGGGGGACCAACUGUUGAUACCCGAUUCUGACUUGUGCCUUUAGAUCUCUGCUGCCUCCUAGGAGUAGUGCCUUUGUGGCACUAAGGCUUUCUCUUAAAGGACCAAAUAAGGAACUUCAAGGAUAUGGCCGCCUUUCAUGGGGGUGUCCCUCCUUUCACUGCGUCACAGCUGGGGCUCCCUGGCUCUUCCUAAUGCAUGUCCUGAAUGGUGAUGAGUGUCUAGAGAGAACAUUGAGACCCUGGAAGCCCUGAAGGGAAACCGUGUUAAAUGUCAGCACGAGGCUCACAGGCCAGGCUCUGUGGGGGGGACUGUCGUGUUGAUAUUUCAUGUAGCAUUCCAGGGGCGUGCCAGAGAGGAACUGUACAGGAAAAGAUGAGCUCUAUCAUCCUUUGAUGUAUCUCCUUAGCUCCCUGCUGUAGAAUCGAAAAGCAGGUUCUUUCAAAUGGACUUUUGGAACCUAACAGAAGUUUUACUUAGGGAGAGUUUCCAAAGAUAAGUCCUGUAGUGCCUUCAGAUUCCUUUUUUCUUGCGUGAUUGUUGCUGGGUUAUAGUUAUAGUAUAUUUAAGUUUUCCCACGUAAAAUAACCUCAUUAUUAAACCUCAUUUAAAAUUUGUCUUCGUCUGGAUUAGAACUCAGAAGUAAUUAUGUUUAAAAGAAUUUCUCCUUUUCAAUGUCAGAGAGCCCUUCUAAAGUUUUUUUUUUAAUAUGCGAUUACUUCUGAUUUAGACUCUUAAAAGAUAAUGUUAUAAGAACUGAAUAUUAUCUAAAUCAGUGACUCCCCAUUGAGUGCACUGAAGUGACAGGUUUGAUUCUUAUUUGUACUUAAACUAGGGAAGAGGAGGUAAGCAAACAAGCAAAUAUGUUUAAAACCAAAGCUUGAAAUACCAGUCCUUCAUUUGAAUUGUUCUUAGUAUUUUUAACUCAUUAUAACUACGAUUUCAACCAGUUAUCACCGUGUAGAUAUUAGGUCCUGAAUAGUAUGCAAGGGUGGUCAUCCCGGUGGAAAGAAAAGGGCUUACGGUGGCAGUCGGUCUUCUGGAACCAGGGCCCUUGAGUUUGUGAAUGACGUGAUACUAGAGAGGACACUGCAGACCUGCAGACCUCAUGUAUGGUCAAGAAGAUCAGAACUGCCCCCACACUAGGCUAGUGUUAGAUAGCAAUUUUUGGGGGGUUCAGGAACAUUAAAUGUGAGUUAAUCCCCCCGUUUUGUUUGUAAGUUUGCUUGGAGGCAGCACAGUGGUGACCCCUGGCACCUUGCUGCUGCUUGGACUUGGGCUGGAGAGUGCCCUCUCCUGGCCGAGGCUGGUGUGUCUGCACAGCUGGCAUUCUGUGAAGCCAGCAAUUUAUC